GCGGAGGUGGAGGGCAGGCAGGCGAAGCCCGAAGCUCGCUCAGGCCAGCCAGCCCCUGCACCCGCUGCACCAACCCGGAGCAGAGCCGGAGAGCACCGAGAAGCGCGCGAGGAUAAAAUGUUGAUUCCUUGGCCUGGCUGACACUCAUGACUCCUCAUGUGCUCAUGAAGCUCUGCCCACCCUGCCUUCACUCCCAUGCUCCUGCCGGCCCGGUGCCACUACCGACCUCAGGACAGGCCCUGCUCAUUUAUUCUAUCCUGAUGGCUGACUCAGAAGCACUCUCCUCCCAUGCUGGGGAUCCUGUGGCUGUGGAAGCCUUGCUCCAGGCGGUGUUUGGGAUUGUUGUGGGUGAGGCCAUUCAGAAAGGAACCAGUGCCUCUGAGAAGGUCUGUGAGUGGAAGGAGCCUGAGGAGCUGAAGAAGCUGCUGGAUUUGGAGCUGCGGAGCCAGGGGGAGUCGCAGGAGCAGAUCCUGGACCGUUGCCGGGCUGUGAUUCGCUACAGUGUCAAGACCGGUCACCCUCGGUUCUUCAACCAGCUCUUCUCAGGGUUGGAUCCCCAUGCUCUGGCCGGGCGCAUUAUCACCGAGAGCCUCAACACCAGCCAGUACACGUAUGAAAUCGCCCCCGUGUUUGUGCUCAUGGAAGAGGAGGUGCUGAGGAAGCUGCGGGCCCUGGUGGGCUGGAGCUCUGGGGAUGGAAUCUUCUGCCCUGGUGGCUCCAUCUCCAACAUGUAUGCUGUAAAUCUGGCCCGUUAUCAGCGCUACCCGGAUUGCAAGCAGAGGGGCCUCCGCACACUGCCGCCCCUGGCCCUAUUCACAUCAAAGGAGUGUCACUACUCCAUCCAGAAGGGAGCUGCGUUUCUGGGACUUGGCACUGACAGUGUCCGAGUGGUCAAGGCUGAUGAGAGAGGGAGAAUGGUCCCCGAGGAUCUGGAGAGGCAGAUCAGUAUGGCCGAGGCUGAGGGUGCUGUGCCGUUCCUGGUCAGUGCCACCUCUGGUACCACUGUGCUAGGGGCCUUUGACCCCCUGGAGGCAAUUGCUGAUGUGUGCCAGCGUCAUGGGCUAUGGCUGCAUGUGGAUGCUGCCUGGGGUGGGAGCGUCCUGCUGUCACAGACACACAGGCAUCUCCUGGAUGGGAUCCAGAGGGCUGACUCUGUGGCCUGGAAUCCCCACAAGCUCCUCGCAGCAGGCCUGCAAUGCUCUGCACUUCUCCUCCAGGACACCUCGAACCUGCUCAAGCGCUGCCAUGGGGCCCAGGCCAGCUACCUUUUCCAGCAGGACAAGUUCUACGAUGUGGAACUGGACACCGGAGACAAGGUGGUGCAGUGUGGCCGCCGCGUGGACUGUCUGAAGCUAUGGCUCAUGUGGAAGGCACAGGGCAGUCAAGGGCUGGAGCUGCGCAUCGACCAGGCCUUUGCCCUUGCCCGGUACCUGGUGGAGGAAAUGAAGAAGCGGGAAGGGUUUGAGCUAGUCAUGGAGCCUGAGUUUGUCAAUGUGUGUUUCUGGUUCGUGCCCCCCAGCCUUCGAGGGAAGCAGGAUAGUCCAGAUUACCACAAAAGGCUGUCGAAGGUGGCCCCUGUGCUCAAGGAACGCAUGGUGAAGGAGGGCUCCAUGAUGAUUGGCUACCAGCCCCACGGCACCCGGGGCAACUUCUUCCGUGUGGUUGUGGCCAACCCUGCGCUGACCUGUGCUGAUAUAGACUUCCUCCUCAACGAGCUGGAGCGGCUCGGCCAGGACCUGUGAGCCUUCUCCUCCUCACUGCUGGCCUUGGCAUCACCCCUCAGAGUCACUGCAUUUCCUCCCUGUGCUCUCAAGAACAGCCUUUGAGGCCGGGUGUAGUGACUCAUGCCUGUAAUCCCAGCACUUUGGGAGGCCGAGGCAGGUGACUCAUUUGAGGUCAGGAGUUUGAGACCAGCCUGGCCAACAUAGUGAAACCCUGUCUCUACUAAAAAUACAAAAAUUAGCUGGGUGUGGUGGCGUGCACCUUUAAUCCCAGCUACUCGGGAAGCUGAAGCAGGAGAACUGCUUGAGGCAGAGGUUGCAGUGAGCCGAGAUCACACCCCUGUACUCCAUCCUGGGCAACAGAAGGAAAUUCCAUCUCAAAAUUAAAAUAAAAUAAAUAAAUAAAAAUGAAUAAAUAACAGCCUUUCUAGGCCACAGUGACCUGCACAAUGUUUAUAUGCUUUGACCUACUAACUCUUCCUCCUAACUAAAUAUUUGAUAUUAGGAGAAUGUUAAAAUAAAUUACAGCAUAUCUAUAUGAUGGAAUGUUAUUGUGCCAUUAAAAUGAUGUUUACAAAGAUAAUUUUUAUUAACGUAAAAAUAACUAAUGUAAUUUAUGUUGAAAAAGCUAGAUACAAGACUUUAUAUAUAGUCAUAUCUGAGCUGUGUUAAAAAAUACAUAGGAAAAGGCUGAUAAAAUGACAUAUGGCAAAAUGUUAAUAGUUUUCCCUGGAAUAGGAUAAUAGGCAAUUUUAAAACAGACUGCUUUAGAAAAACAAAACGAAAAAAAUAGACUCCUUUAUAUCUUUUGAUCUCCCUUCCUUUUACUAUGUAAUGAACAUGCAUUACUUUUGUAAUAGGAAAAUAAUAAAGUUAAAAUUCCAAAUGCA